UGGAAAAGGCCGAAACUACUUAUAAUAAAACAACCGAAGCAGCCAGUAUUAUGCGUUGCGCGAAGCUCCUGGCAUAACUGUAGCAGCCAGCGGACGCCCCCUCCGCACUGCCGCGGUUGCGACUAACUACCUACAUUUUUUUUAUUCUUCACUCCCUUUCUUAUAAUUUGGCUUCCAAGCUCCAAGUUACACACCAUCACUAGUGUCGAUUUACAAGAUUUCUCUUCAACCAUUAAGAAUGGAAACCAUGGAAGACAAGUCAAUUUUUGACUUGGAGAAACAAAUUUUAAACAAAUUCAGAGAUUUCAUGACUGGGUUUACAAAGAUUGAUGAGUUGGGAACUGCUGGAAGCAAGCUUUUGUCUGGUUUUCAACAAGCAUUAGAGUUUAUAAGGAAGCCUCCUAUGGAUACAAGCUCUAAAUUAGUCAACAGUAUCAUUAAAGCUAAUGAAACUGAAAGACUUAAGUCCUAUGUCAACUUCGAAUGUAAGAACCGCAAAGAUGUUGACCAGAACGCAACCAGUUUGGGCUCAUGUAAACAUGGACUUCUUCUCCAGAUAAGACAAGUGAAGGUAGUACUUGAUGAACUUGAAGAUAUACAGGCUAAUGUAAGAAAUGUCCUGCAAAGUAUACAUGGAAAAUUAUCAUCCCUUUCAGAUACGGAUAUUGAUUUUGAAAUGAACGAGCAAGAGAUCUAUAAUGAUUUGGACGACAAAAAUACUGCUUUCUGUCAUUCUGGAAGUACUGAUGUUACAACUACAAAAGUUAAGGAAAAUACUGAUUCCACACAUUUAGCUGCUCUAAUGGUUGCCAUAUACAGUAUGGUCCAGCAAGACUAUUUGAUGCAGGAAAGGAUCGUUUCUGCGUUAGAUCUGAAUGUGUCAUCGGAAGAACUGGAAAGCUACUGCCUAAUGUGGUCUUUGCAUCCCUUCAUAAACGAUGAACUUGUGCAUGAAGCUUGGAAAUAUAUUCACUGAAUAAUCUUUUGUUUUUAUUGUAUAGAAUCAGUUACCAUAAGGCUAGAUAAAUAUUUUGCACUAUUUAUUAAGAAUUCUAUUUAAAGAAUGGUUCUAAGAGUUGUCAUAUUCAUUGCAUUAUGAUACUAAAUCUAAUUGUAACACAAUAUUUAUAUUUCUCUUUCUAAUAGCAAAGAUUGUACAAGUAUUUAUUUACAUGAAAGGUA